UUAAUAAAUAUUCAUAAAAACAUUUAGUGCAAAAAGAGUAUUUUUACAAGGAUAGUUCUCCUUUAACACGUGGCCAACACAUUUGUACUGUUUCUUGAAUCAAAAGAAAGGUACUAAUUUGAUUGGCUCAAUAUCUGGUGAAACGGUAAAGGUGAAAUCAAAUGUUUAUGAUCCUUGAAUUUGUUUUCUAUUUUUUGCAGAUUCCAUUCUCAUUCAUCCAGUUUCCUAUAUGGGAGUAUCUCAAGAAACAGUUAUCAAAUCAUGAUGGCACAAUAAAUGCACUACAUUCUGGGUUAGCUGGUGCAAUAUCUGGUGCUAUUUCAGGUGCAAUAACGACUCCUUUGGAUGUUGUCAAAACAAGAGUAAUGCUAGCUGAGAAAGAGGCAGAGACAGCAAAGGCUGGUAUUAUACAAUUAGCAAUGAAAAUUGGCAGGGAUGAAGGUGUGCACAGAUUGUUUUCUGGCUUGGUGCCAAGAGUGGUGUGGUUAGCACUAGGUGGAUUUGUAUUUUUAGGAGCAUAUGACAGUUGCAGGCAUUUUCUUAUACAAUUAAAGUAAGAUUUUUAUUAAAGAAAGACAAGUGAGAGAGCAUGCCUGAGUCACAAAAAUCUUAAAAUGAUCCUUUACAAUACUCCUAAAUGAUUUGGAAAAACUAUUACUUGCUGUCAAAAUUUGUAUCCAAGUAUGAAAUAGUUGCAAGUAAAAAAGCAAAGCUGUACACUCCCAGUGACCUUGCUUCACACUCCAAUAGGCACCAUACUUUUAAUAUAUCGUGAAGGCAGCUGAAAAGUUGCAUGGCAUAUGUGCAAACUUCAACAAAACAUUGGAGUUGUGAAAAUGUUUAGAUACUUGUUUCUCUACUAGCUUUGAAUAUCCCAUUAAUAUCCCAUUAAUGCAUAGCUGUCUUAAUUUUCGAUGAGCCAUAUUUGCAAUAAAAACUAUUUAAUGUUUGUUUGUUUACUCCUUUAUUUUUUAAAUUGUAUUUCAUAUUUUUAGUC